UUCAAAUAAAAUAGCAAAUUUAUUUAGUUUUUUAUAAACGUUGUAUUUCAUUAAAUCAGAAUGGUGGAUAAGCUCAAUAAACAAAUAGUUCUCGAAUCUGCUUUCAAAGGAUACGCGAAGUUUGGAAAUUCUAAGAGUGAUGGGAGUCAAAUAACAUUAACCAACAUUGACAAAUGGUUGAAAGAAGUUGGUAUUAUUGACGGAAAGAAAGUUUCGACUACUGAUACAGCUAUCUUAUUUCAGAGAUUUAAGUCUAAAACGAUUGACUUCAAGCAGUUCAUGAUUUUUAUAGAAAGUUUAGCUAAAGAGUGCAAAUUAAAUGUUGACGACUUAAUAGGUAAAUUAUCCAAGAGUGAUGUCCCUGGUACUUCAAGAGCGACUCAAGUGGAAAAUUCAAAUAUUGUAAGCCGUAUGACAGAUACUUCGAAGUAUACUGGUUCACAUAAAGAACGGUUUGACAAACAGGGAAAAGGUAAGGGAAAAUCAGGGAGAGAAGACACAUCUGCAAAUACGGGCUACGUGCAAGGAUAUAAACAUAAAGAUACAUAUGAUAAAAAGAAGAAAUAAACAGAACAUUAACUUACUUGUCGC